UAUUAAUUAUCUGAAGGUAUUUCUCCUUGAGGCAUUUGUCGUCUGAACAAUCGGCUAUUAAGUAGUAGAAAAUGGCAACUCCUUCGAUGGAGAAGUUGCUGCAAAGGGUUUGCCAGCUUUCCUUAGCUCAGGCUAAGCGAGUGCAUGUGAGCGCAGUUGCGCCUGCAGCUGCCGUUGAGGCUAAGCCAGUCCGUAACAAGACCUUUGCGAUCUACAGAUGGAACCCGGACCAGCCAGACUCCAAGCCUACAAUGCAGGAAUAUGUUGUAGACCUCAACGCAUGUGGUCCGAUGGUGCUGGACGCUCUCAUCAAGAUCAAGAAUGAGAUGGACCCAACCCUCACCUUCCGCAGAUCCUGCAGGGAGGGCAUCUGUGGAUCAUGCGCCAUGAACAUCGGUGGAGUCAACACUCUGGCCUGUAUCAGCAAAAUUGACACAUCGUCAGACAAGCCAGCCAAGAUCUACCCUCUGCCACACAUGUAUGUCAUCAAGGACCUGGUUCCCGACAUGAACAACUUCUACAAUCAGUACCGCAGCAUCCAGCCGUGGCUGCAGAGGAAGAAUGAGGGCAAGGGCGAGCAGCAGUACCUGCAGAGCGUGGACGACCGCAAAAAAUUGGAUGGUCUGUACGAGUGUAUCCUGUGUGCGUGCUGCUCUACCUCCUGCCCCUCCUACUGGUGGAACGGGGACAAGUACCUCGGCCCUGCAGUGCUGAUGCAGGCCUACCGCUGGAUCAUUGACUCCCGAGAUGAGGCCACCGAGCAGAGACUGGGCAAGCUGAAGGACCCCUUCUCCGUUUACCGGUGCCACACCAUCAUGAACUGCACACGUACCUGUCCCAAGGGCCUGAACCCUGGCAAGGCGAUAGCUGAGAUCAAGAAGCUACUAUCUGGUAUUGCCAAGAAGGAUGCUCCUGGGCUCAACACGGCAGCGCUACAGCAGUAAACAAUUAGAUGCUCAUAGUCCAAUAUAGGUUAUGUUAUUUAUUACAGUAAUUGUAACAGGAGGUGGAAUCUUGGCAUCUACAGUCAUUGUCACAAGUGCAACAAAAAUUAGAGUACAACAUUUGACUUUUUUGUCAUAACAGCUGGCCAGUGUAUACAUUUAACUGUAAUUUUUUACUAUGUAUUGUUUUUCUAAUUUUUUUUAGUACAGAUCAGUUUAAGCUUUCUUCAUCAUUUGUUUCUAGAGUGUUUAAGUACUAUUCUUACAUGCCAGAAUAAACCGUUUUUUCUUCUCUC